CUGCCUCCGCUCUCUCCGGGCCUCGGUUCCGGCGCGGGUUUCUGUGCGGCGACGGCAGCGGCGAUGGCUGGCCGCGGCCGCGGGGGGAGGAGACGGCGCUGCGGGCGACCUUGAGGAAGCAGCGGCCAUGGGCAACAUGCCGUCGGCGCUGAAGCACUGCCUCAGCUACCAGCAUCUCCUCAAGGAGCAGCUGUGGAUCGGAGAAGCGGCGCCGCAGCCCACGGCGCUGCAGCAUCCCGGGCAGGAACUGCUCACAAGUGGAUUUCCUGAAUUUGUUAAAAUAGUAGAAGUUGGGCCUAGAGAUGGAUUGCAGAAUGAAAAGGCUAUAGUCCCUACAGAUGUCAAAAUUGAAUUCAUCAACCGACUUUCCAAAACAGGCUUGCCUGUCAUAGAAGUGACGAGCUUUGUUUCUUCGAAAUGGGUACCUCAGAUGGCUGAUCACACAGAAGUCAUGAGAGGAAUAGAAUGCUAUCCUGGAGUCCGAUAUCCAGUCCUUACCCCUAAUCUUCAAGGCUUCCAUUCUGCUAUUGCUGCCGGUGCAACAGAAGUGUCCGUCUUUGGUGCGGCUUCCGAGUCUUUCAGCAAAAUGAAUAUUAACUGCAGCAUUAACGAAAGCAUGGAAAGAUUUGAAGACGUCGUGAAGUCUGCCAGGAAGAUGGACAUUCCAGUGCGAGGGUAUGUGUCUUGUGCGUUGGGGUGCCCUUACGAAGGAAAUAUUGAGCCAGCGAAAGUUGCGGAAGUCUCCAAACGGCUAUACAGCAUGGGUUGCUAUGAGAUAUCCCUUGGAGACACCAUAGGCGUGGGGACCCCUGGCAGCAUGAAGCGCAUGCUGGAAUCUGUUAUGAUGGAGCUCCCCGUGGCGGCAAUUGCAGUGCAUUGCCAUGACACGUACGGCCAGGCUUUAGCCAAUAUCCUCACAGCGAUGCAGAUGGGAGUUCAUGUUGUGGAUUCUGCUGCUGCCGGCUUAGGGGGUUGCCCCUAUGCGAAAGGUGCCACAGGCAAUGUAGCCACAGAAGAUGUGCUAUAUAUGCUGAAUGGCUUGGGAAUCAAUACGGGUGUGAAUCUUUUCAAAGUUAUGGAAGCCGGUCACUUCAUCUGCACUGCCUUGAACAAGCAAACAAAUUCUAAAGUUGCUCAAGCAUCUUUCAGUAGCUGAGCUGUAAAUUUAACUAUUUGUCUGUCAAUAUGUGCUACCUUGUUUAUAGCUGCAUAAGGUAAACCUAUAGCAUAUGACAAAUCAAACCAUUUGGGGGGGUGCAGAAUAGUCAAUAUUGUAUGUCCAUGGCGGCAGAAAAAUUAAGAUCACAGUGUAAGUUCCUGGGUCUGGUCACCUGAUGAAACCCUCUCCGUAUUUUCUCUGGGCCCCUGGAAAUUUCCCAGCUACAAGUGCAAGGCCUCUGUGAAUUGGCCCCCAUCAUGCUCCUGAAGUGAUGUUAACACUCUGCCCGUGGGGCCACCUCAAGGAAGUGUUUGAGAGGUCAGUAAAGACAUGCACGUUGGUGGAGGAAAAUCCAAAUGCCUGUGUAUUCAUCUGAGCACACCUUGAGGUGAGUUUCUUGUAGAGAGGAACACAAAAACCAAUGUCAGACAUGCUCAUCUUUAAGAAGCCACAGGUUUGUUUCCACAAUUGUGUAGGUGGGUGGUUUCUGGUGUCAUCCUGCUUUAAGACAUGCACCCUGACCAAGAAAGGUAGAAAGCUUUGACUAAAUAGCCUUCGUUUGAGAGACUCAUAAGCUUCUUCUAAGACAUGAUAAAUGGCAGCUCUGAGCACGUAAGGAUCGUAUUUCAUAAGGAAUAUCCCCCAUGCUUUAAUGCCAGCUCCAGGUUUUGGGGGGCCCUUGGGUGAGACACUUAGUGGGGGGACACUCCUCUUCCACCAAUAUUGUCACCAACUGCUCCUUUUCCUCUUCCUCUUCCUCUUCCUUGGUGCCAUCCGCUUGCUUGUCAGGCAGAGAGCCAAUGAGGAUUCAGGAAGUGGCAGCUGCUCCUCCCCUUUAUCAGCACAGCUAGUUUUUGCUUGCUUGCUCCCUCUGGGCUGAGGGAAAGGGUGGGUAAAUUAGCAGUUUCCAAUGGCCAAAAGUGGGAGCAGGUUGAAACAUCUCUUUUUGGUGAACCCUCUUCUGGGUUAUGGUUGUUCGGCAGGGGCCCAGGCUGUGCUGAACCUUGAUAGCAGCUGUGACCAUGCCCAGUAUGACGAUUUUGAUUAUGUAUGUAUGUAUGUCUGUAUGUAUGUAUGUAUGUAUGUAUUGUGAUAGCGACACAUGAAAGCACAGCCUGUCAGGAACAGAAUAACCAGCAGUGGAACUGUGUGUGUGCUACAUAUUUUUAAAGCUGACUGCCAGGCCAGCAGUCAUGUACUUUAAAACAAUUUGGACACUCUUUGAAAAUUGAUGUUGACAUUGUUGCCUGCCUUGGACGGGCAAAAGCAAGGGGGUUUGUUGAGUUGAAAUUUAUGUAGCUUGACGGGUUGCAAGUUGCACUAUCUUCAACUGUUAUUUCAAUCCACGUUGGACGAAAACGGAUUUCAGAGUUCUAAAGAUAGCAAGUAUAUUCUUACAUCUUAAUCAAGCCAAUUUUUUUUUAGUGUUGUAUAAAUAUUUGCAGCCGUCAAUGAGGUCCAUCGUUGUGUGUGGUCUUGCUGUUGUACAUUUUAUUACUCCAGAUUACCUCUUUUCAUUUGCCAAGUCAAUUACGCUGCGAGCAGGGAGCCAAACCCGGAUUUGCUAUGAGUAGCAUUUUUGCAAUGUUUUACUAUAGUUGACAUCUGUUAAGUAUAUGAAUGACUUUAUCUUGUUCCAAGAAUUUUGUAGGGGAUGGCAGCCUGCCAUGUUUUGCAAAUUUAUGGCGCCCUCCUAUAGUUGUUACAUACACUAAAUUCAUUGCAAUCUGUUUUUCUUUCUUGCUGUCCAAUUUCCAUCUUUUCGGUAGGAGAGUAAGGGGCUGGUAUGCAAGCUUAUUGAAAUAAUGGAAGUUGCACGGUAGCUGUGUUCGUUGGUUCACUCCAUUGCACAAUUCAGGCCAAACUAGAUGUUAUGUUAGUCACAUAAUUUGCAGUUGUGCAAUGUUAAUUUCAGCCACAACUUGGUUUGGGAAUGUGGUGUAACUUUAACCCUUUGCACCCACUGCGGCCCCCCCAUCAGCUGCUAUUUGCCACCCGCCUUGAGCAAACGGAAAUGUCCCCAUAGUACUUUUUUUUGCUGGGGGGAAAAUUUGCAUUUAUGCACAUUGUAGGUGAUAUCCAACAAGGUCAUAUUCAUAGAGUAGACCCAUUAAAACCACAAUGGACUUCAGUCCACUGAUUUCAGUGGGUCUACUCUGCGACUAACAAUGGCUGCUAAUCUGUCAUUUUUACCUAGCAUAAAUCCACUGUUGGGUCAAGAAAGUGCCUCUUAACUAUCCUAACCAUUCAAGACUUCCCCUUUUGUGGACUUUUGUAAGAUGAAUAUUACAGUGGAGUGCAUUUGAGUGCAAUCAAAGAAACUGCACAAUCAUAUAUAAAUCAGUGAAAGCCACUUGAAAGAUAAUAGAACGUAAUACAGUCUAGUUUUAAUCUUUUUGAACCCCCAAAACUCAGUACUUUUUACAGUGCAGACUUUUGUUCAGUAGAAGUGUUUUUCUUAGCCCUCUGGAUGUCCUUUUUAUUGAGCAUUAAUCAUGAUGUGUGCUUUGGGACAGGGACCAGGAUAGGUGGUGCAGGGAGUAUAUCAUACCCCUGCCUGGGGUCAAAAACGGGGCCUGGGAGGCAAAGGAGGCGAACCAGAAAUUCCCUGAGACAUCAGAAAAUAUUUGCAUAUAUUGUGUUGAAGACUAGCACUUAACAUUGUGUUAGCCUACAUAAAACGCCACAGCACUCUACUUCCCUGCCCAUUGCCUCUUCUGCCAACGUGCUCGUCCCAACUUCUCCCAGGCAAUCUGGAGAGGUGGCACUGAAGUCUCAGCAAAUGAGAGUGCGAGUGGGCAAGGCGGGAAGGCGGGCUUGUCUUGCCUCUCCUGCAGGUGAUGUGCUCUCCCUACUUGAGGGGACUGCUAUCUGCCAGUGAGGGGCAAAAAAAGUUUCAGAGCUGACAGCAACCCACCUUCAGGCAGAGGAGGGCGAAGUAGCUCAUUGCCACCAUUAUCAUCAUGAACAGAUGAUAUCUGGUAAAAUUAUCUUUUCCAAACAACUCUCCUAAGAAUCAGUUAAUAUUUGCAUUGAUUCAAAUUAUAUUUGUAAAGGUAUAAUAAAACAAAACCAAAUGCCCCUAAGAUAUUUCAUAGUGCUCUGCUUAAUAGAAGAUUGGAUAAUUGUUCAUCUCUACGUAUUUUAAUUUGGUUCUUUUUCUGUCAAAAAGUGUUCUUCAUUUGGAAUUAUUGGUUCACCUGAGAAACAGUGUCAGUCAGAUAUAAUGAACAAGGAAUUGUAAAGUCUAUUUACAACUGAGCACCACUCGAAUUAUUUCAGCCAACGUACAACAAGCUGCUUCGCAUUUGUGCACCCCAGGAGCACAAACAAAAGUUUUGAUUUAUUAUACCAUUCUUUGACUACUAAGUCAUGUGAAAAGUUGUAGCAUAUCUCACUGAAUGCAUCUGUUAUUUCCUUGCACCAGUAUAUAGACUUUUAUCUUAGGAAUCAAAAAGAACACAAGGAGAAAGCCUGAUAAUAUUACAAAAUAGUACAAUCAUUACCUACCGGUGACCCACCUGCACAUAAAAGCGUUAAUAUCUGCUUGUCUUUCCAUUUAGUGUUGACAUUAUUGGGCUGUAAUAAGCCAUACUGAGAGGGUACAUUUAGCUCUGAUUGCUUUUUUUCCAAAAAAAUCACUUCUUCCAUCAGCUUUUAUGGGUAAUGACUCACAACGGAUGGAGCUGUUUUAUGUAACCGGGGAGAUCGAUUUCUUCUCUCUGCUGUUUUGGCCAAUUCAAAAUAUGUUCAUCCAACCUGUUUUAGAAAAAGCUCCCAGCAGACCUGAUUUCAGCACAUGGUGCCUUUAGGCAGCUGCCAGGAUCCAUUUCUGUGCUGGUGAUGCCAACCCUGACCCCUUGUACCGGGAGGGGAGGACUCCAUUUUAACUUCCUGCAGCGCACUUGAUGCAACAUAACGACCCAGCCAUUUUGGGAAGUUAAAAUGGCCACCAGCACAAAUUCAGAAUGCUGCCUGCUACCAAUACAAGGCAGGAGGGGAUCCACUCUGUCCUGAGCCCCCUCAGUCCUGGAGCUGGGCCUGUUUCUCUUAUCAUUUGAGUCUCUUAAGCUCUAAUAUUUGUUUCCACCUCAUGUCUUUGUCUCCCCUGCACACCAAGCUAAAUAACUAGCUAGCAUUAUUAUUUAAAUAGGAUUUCCAAGGCUGCAGGCCUAUGCCCACUGACCUGUGUCAUUUGAGAGGAAGGGCAGGCUAUAAAUUCAAUAAAAUAAAUGAAUGAAUAAUCCACCAUCUUCUGAGGGAGCCUGCUCCACUAUCGAAUAGCUCUUCUUAGAAAGUUCUCCUUACUGUUUAAUUGGAAUCUCAUUGUAAUUUGAAUCCAUUGGUUCAGGUCCCAACUUCCAGAGCAGGAGAAAACAAGCUUGUUCCAUCUUCCCUGU